UGUAGUACCGAUAAACACAGCCUCGUCGUUUGGCAUCGACGUUCCCGCGCUGGUCUCUUCCUAGCUUAUUUAUUCUCCUUGCAUGAAGUUAGAUUGUUCUUUGUCGGGAGGGCGUGAGUUUUCCACGAUAUUCGCGCGAAUAUUAACGUGACGAUGCCGAAAAGAAAGAAUCAAGCAUUAAUAGAUUCUGAAAGUAGUGGCAGCGCAUCGGAAAGUGGCUCGGAUUUGGAUAAUGAUCUACUGUCACUUGCCAAGAAGAAGAAAGGUAAAUCUCAAGAUGACUCUCAAUCCAAUGAAGACAACAAUGUCGCUAAGAAAGACGUCAGGCAUGAUUCUGAUACAUCAGAUUCUGACGAUGAUUGGGGAGCAAAAACUGGAAAGAGUAAAAAGAAAAAAGCACCGACUAAAAGAAGUAAACGAAAGAUGACAAAAUCUAGUAGCGAAGAUAGUGGAAGUGAAAAGGAAUCUACAAAAGUUUCAGAACCAGAGGAAGGUGAAGUCUCAGAUUCUGAUGCAAGCGUUUCGGAUUCUAGUCAAGAGGAAUUUAAUGAUGGUUAUGACGACAAAUUAAUGGGAGAUGCGGAAGAUCAAGCGAGACUAGCACAAAUGACUGAAAAAGAAAGAGAACAAGAAAUUUUUAAACGGAUAGAACAAAGAGAAAUUAUGAAAACUAGAUUUGAAAUAGAGAAAAAAUUGAGAAUGGCAAAGAAACAAGAACUCAAGAAGCAAAAGGAAUCAAAGAAGAAGGAAAAGGGUGUGGAAGAUAAAAAGAUAGAUAGAGCACCGGAUCCUAAGGAGAGAAGUAAAGAUCGUAAGAAGACAAUAGAGGAGAAACAAGAUAAAAAGUUUCAUGCAAUGUCUUUGCUGAAGGCAAGACGUGAAGAAAAGAAAGAAAGAGAGGAAAAAGAAAAGCAACGAAUAGAGCAGCAACAACAACAAUCAAAAGAUAUAGAAGAGGAGGAAUUAGAAGAUGAUCAUAAAGGAGGUGCGAAUAAGACAAAGUUGAAAGCUUCAGAUAUUUAUUCCGACGACAGUGGUUCUUCGGACAGUGGAGAAGAGGAAACAAGUAAGCCAGCAUCACAUCAAAGGUCAUCUUCCAGCGAAAGUAGGGAUUCUGAUUCUGAUAAUGACAAAAAAUCUGUGACCAGUAACAAAGCUAAACCGAAAAAACCAUUAUACGUCAGUACUAAAGAAGAUUUGAACAAAAUCAGAUUAUCUCGCCAUAAAAUGGAAAGAUUUGUUCAUCUUCCAUUUUUCGAUCGGGUUGUACAAGGUUGCUUUGUUAGAAUUGGCAUUGGAAAUAAUAAUGGCAAGGCGGUUUAUAGAGUAGCAGAGAUCAGCGGAGUUUGUGAGACUGGUAAAAUUUAUCAAUUAGGUGGUACAAGAACAAACAAAGGAUUGAAAUUAAGACAUGGUGCUCAGGAACGUGUAUUUAGAUUAGAAUUCGUAUCGAAUCAAGAAUUCACAGAAUCUGAAUUCUUUAAAUGGAAAGAGACAUGUGCUUUGCAAGGGAUAUCAAUGCCUACAUUCGAUGAAGUAGAACAAAAAUUGAAGGACAUUAAGGAGGCCUUAGUAUACGAAUUCAAAGAGGAGGAUAUUGAAAAAAUAGUAAGAGAAAAAGAAAGAUUUAAACAAACCCCGUAUAAUUAUGCGAUGAAAAAAGCACAAUUAAUGCGCGAAAGAGAUGCAGCCAAUUGUAGAGGAGACGAUGAAACUGCAAGUCGUCUUAAUCAAGAAUUGAGUGAACUAGAAGAACGUGCUUCUGAACUUGAUAAAAUGCGAACAGCAACAAUAUCAAGUAUCUCGUACAUAAAUGACCGUAAUAGGAAAAAGAAUGUUGAAGAAGCAGAAAAAGCUAUUAUGGAAGAAAUAAAAGCUAAUAAGGGGAAGAAAGUAGACGAUCCAUUCACUAGACGUAGUACGAAACCAAGGAUGGUUUAUAAACCUGACGAUGAGGAUACACCUUCUGCGACUGGAGCAAAUGAAAAGUCAGGUUCUCAACAAAUUGGUGACUCUAUUUCAAUUGGAAAUGAAAAAGAAAAUGGUCAAGAAGUAAAGAAAAAACAAAGCACUGAAGAUUUGUUCAAUGCUCAUGAUUUUGAUAUCACAAUAGAUUUAGAAGUACCAAUCCCAAAUAAUCCCGUUAGCGUUUUACCCAAACCUGUCAGUAAUAUUAAGGAUACAGGACCUCGCCGAUCCUUAAAUUUAGAAGAUUAUAAGAAGAAACGUGGACUUAUCUAACAGUUUAUUUACCUUAGACUGAAUAAUGCUGAAAUUAAUUUAUCAACGUUAUGUUAUAAUAACCGAUAUAAAUAUCUUAGCUAUUUUUGUCACUAUUGAAAGAAGGACAAAAUUAUAGUAUUGCUAGCUGCUCAUCAUAAUGAUUAUUAUCUUUUUAAAUGAUUAUUAUAGAGAGAGAUCAUAUUGCUAUUAUUGAGAGAAAGAUUUCUUAGUAAACAUGAAGAGAGGUUGUCGGUAUUAUUAUAAGAAUACUUUUUUUGAAUAAUAAGCUUAUAAGUACUUAAAAAAAAAAAAAGAAAAAAAAAAAGAAAAAAAAGGAAAAAAAAAAUAGAAAAAAAGAAAAGAAAAAAAAUGGUACAUAGCAUUACCAUUUGGAUGUUGAAAGAAAUUCUUAGUUCCACUUUUUCUUUUUUAAAUUUCAUCAUAAAUUUAGAAAAGUUUUAGCUCAUACACACACACACACACACACACACAUAUUCAUUUCUAUAACUAGACGAUAAAUUAAAAUGAAAUAAAUUAAAUUAAAAGGAAAAAAGUGGCAAGAUAUUUUAUAAUAAAGAUAUAUAGGAUUGCGUGUCCUAAUAUUUUUCUUGUAAGUACUCAUGCGUAUACUUCUACUACUAAUUAAUUAUGUAUUUCAUAUUCAUAUAUAAUUUCCCUCUCUUUCUUUCUCUCUCUCUCUCUCUCUCUCUUUCUCUCUCUCUCUCUCUCUCUCUCUCUCUCAAUCAUGAAAUUUUUAUAUUAUUCAUAAUAGAAUUUGUAAUUAUUCCACUACGAGAUACUACAUAUGAAACUUUAGUAUAAAUAGCUAUUAAAUUUAAUAGUUCUACCAUGCUAUCAAUUGUAUAAUCUUCCAAUGAAGAUUUUGUAUAAUUCUAGUAGUUAUCUUUAUUGUUUUCUUUUUUUUUCUUUUUUGUGGUAUUGAUAUUAUAUCGAUGUUAUUAACGUUAAUAAUUGAUGAAAAGAUUAAAAAAUGACAUAUUUUUAAAAAAAAUUUUGUAAAUAAGUUUUUAACAUAAAUUUUUAUUCGAAAUAUUAUGCCAUCUUGACAAUUUUAUCAAUAGCAAUGGUAACAAUUUAAGUUUUUCUUUCCUUUUUCUUUCUUCUUUCUUUCUUUUUUUUUUUUUUUCUUUUUUUUUGAAAGUGUUAUGAAAUGCUUAAGAUAAUCACGAUUGGUGAAAUACAGUAAUAAUCGAAAAUUUAUGCUAUUAGGAAUUACUUAUAAAAAAAAAAAAUUGUAUUAUUGAAGAAAAUUAUUUUUAUCUACAUUAUCUACAUACAAAAAUAUAAUGAUUAAUAUCUUUUUAAUAUGUAACUAUAUUCAAAGGAACAUGGUAUCUUUAAUAAAGAAAAAUUCUCAUAUCUUCAAUUAAAGUUUUGUACCUCGUCGAAAUAUGACUAUACCAGUACUCAAUGCUAUUAAUGAACUUUGUAAAUAUCUUGGAAAUGACAGAAGUUUUAUAAUUAUUUAAAUGUUUCCAAACUAUAUUUCAUGAAUUAAAAUGAAAUAGUUUCUCUAUGUGAUCAUUAAAAUACAUGACACAUUGCAAAUGCGUAUCAAUUUAAGGAUUAUGAUAUUGUAUUAUUACAAAUAUCAAAUGUAAUUGAUUUAUUGUAAAAAAAAAAAAAAAAGAAAAAAAAACUAAAAUAAAAAUUCACUUUUGUAUAUGUAUAGACAUACGCAACUAUAUAUGUGCAUAUAUAAUCAAUGGCUGUGUAAUUAAUUCUUUAACUGUUAGUAGCAUGUGUAUGUGAUUGAACUCUAUUUUUUUUCCUUUGUUAAUUUUAUGAUAACAAAUAGUAUUCGAAACAAAGUUAAUAAAGAUCAAAAUUGAUAUACAGAAAAGUAAACAUUCUCAAAGAACGUUUCGAAUAACUAUGUUAAGUUUUGAACACAACAUGGUAUUAAAAAAUAAAAAAAUAAUAAUAAUUAUAUUCAUACAGUUAAAGGAUUAACAUUAUAUAGACAAAUUAUUAGGAACAUUAGUUAUUGCUUUUGAAGGAGUGAUUUCUUAUUUGUAUAAUUUUUGUAGGGAGCAAAAAAAUUCAUAUACAUAUAUAUACGAAUGAAUAUUUGACGAUUAUCAAAUAUAAUUUUGUAAAUAUAUAUACAUAUAUAUACAUAUAUAUAUAUAUAUAUAUAUAUGUAUAUAUAUAUAUAGAUACAUAAAUAUUUGUAGAGAGAAAAAGAUCGCAGAAAAGCGAUUAGAGGAUCUUGAAUACUUCUUUAAAAUAUACUCCAAAAUAUGAUGCUAUAUACACAAUACUGUAAAAUAAAUCUAAGUUAUAGAUCCGUUAGAAAGAUAUGAUCUAAUUGUUCAUAAAAUUUUACAUUUAAGUAAUAACUUUAAGUAUUAAAAUUUAAAGGAUUUGCAAUUUGCCAUUGCAAUUAACUCUUAUACAAUUUAAAGAAAUCUUUGUAGACUCUUUGAUUAUCUAUAUGUUAAUUAUUUUAUUUAGAUAUGUGAUAUAUUUGUUACAAGGCAUGUUAUUCAAAUUUAUGUAACUGUUUUAACAUAAUUAAUAAUCGAUGAUUUUUCAUUUGGAUUGUAAAAUACUGUUCGACUUUAUAAUCAUAUUAUUAAGUAUCAUUAUCGAUAAUCUCUAUAAAAUUGGCGUCAGUAUUAUAUUAAUAUAAUCCAAAAGAAAAACACCAUAUAAAUA